AUGGCAGAUGCAUUAACCACUCUGGCAGUGAUGUUUGAUCUUAAUCUUGAAUUUGAACUUCAUCCAAUCCAAAUUACAAAGAGAGAUGUGUCAGCAUAUUGCAUGAAUGUUGGAAAUGAUAACAAGCCAUGGUAUUUUGACAUUAAGCAAUACAUAAAGUGUAGAGAAUAUCCAUACGAAGCUUCAGAGAAUGACAAACGCACAAUAAGGAGGUUGGCCAUGAACUUUUUCUUAAGUGGUGAAGUUCUUUAUAGAAGAAACCACGAUAUGGUGCUCCUUCGGUGUGUUGAUGAAGAGGAAGCAAAAUAA